UGUGGGGUCGGCAGGUCCGUGAGGUGAUUCGAAGUGCAUAAAUACAGGCCCUCUCGCCUGGGAUCCGUCUAUUCGCUGACGACCCCUAACUACAUCACCAUGAAAACCGUUCUUCUUCUUGCUUUUGUGGCAGCCGCCAAUGCGGCGUGGCUGUGUCCUAACGGUGUGGUGGACUGUGAUCCCGGCGAGUGCUGUGUCAGAUCCUUUGUGGUCAACAGCUGUCAGCCCAUGGGACAACUAUACGACGCAUGCAACAACGAGGGCCUCUCCAUCACCGGCUACUGCGACUGCGCGGAUGGCUUGACCUGCGUCGACUACGGCACCAGCGCCUUCACUGACUUCUUCGUCGGCGACGGCUGGUGUGUCACCGCGGCCACUGGCGCCACUAGAGUUGCAGCUGGAAACGACGCAUAACGGUCCAAAAGUGUCCUCCAGUAGAUCUGAGAAAGCUCGAUCUUUUGGUCUGAAGAUGAGAACCAAAUAAAACAGCAUGUUGUACGACUGGA